UGGGCCCCGAAACGUCGCAGGACGUCGUCCGAGUGUCGUCGCGCGCGAUUACCCCCUCUUUUUUUUAAUUUUUUUCCAUCCUCUGUAAGUGAGUGAGUCAAGCACGCUGGUGGUAUCCGCUCGUCGCUGGACAGGAAGCGGGAUAUGAGCUACACCGAACCGCUGUGGGAGAUCAAUGGAAAUCAAGCACCAGUAAUCGCGGCGGAGAUGUCGCAAUACGUCGGCAGUGAGAUCGCCAGCUACCCGAUGUGGGACAGUUCCGUUUUGUACCAGGCACAGCCGCCUGCUCAUCCGCACGUGAACGAGCACGGAUUGUACAGGCAACCUUGCGCGUUGUUGCACCAAAGUCGUUAUACGCCGAACGGCCGUUCGCCAAAUUUGCCGUCGUCGACGACGAAGAAACCAAGACGUCGAGUGGCGACAGUAUCACAGAGGAGAGCCGCGAAUAUUCGAGAGAGACGUAGGAUGUUCAAUUUGAAUGAGGCCUUCGACAAACUCCGCAGGAAAGUACCGACAUUCGCCUACGAAAAACGGCUCUCAAGAAUCGAAACAUUGCGUCUAGCGAUCACAUACAUCGCCUUCAUGGGUGAACUACUCGGUAUCGAACCAAGUAGUCCAAAACCGGAGUACAUACCACGGGAGUACUAUUUACCGAAUUGAAUCUCUUUCUCCCCUUUUGCACGAUUAACGAGGCACUCAUGAACCUAUGCAAGUCAAUGUCUUAUUGGCGAAAAACUUCUAGUCGGCGAAAUCCAGUCUUCCAUUAUUGAUUAGUAUUAUAGCGUUAAGUAUCGAAAUGUAAUUUAACACACGUUCGUAUAUAGCACAUUCUUCCACAAUAUUACUCGAUCCUUUUCGUCUUACUUACUACUCCAUUAAUUUUUUCGAUACUAUAUCACUAUUCGACGUUGUUCAGAAAUGGAAUGGAAAAAUAGUAAAUUAAAAUUCUAAUGAGUUUUUCGAGCAUCCCUCGAAACAUGUUCUAGUAUCGAAAGGAUUAAAUUUUCAAUCAAACCUUUUUUCUUAUUAUGCAGACAAUAAUCUUGUAACGCUUUAUCGUGUCGAUUAUUGCAAAUCUCUUACGAUUGAAAGGGAUGAUUGCAAUAUUAAAGGAUAAAAUUAAGCUCCAUUGUCGUUUAUUCUUCGUAAAUACACGCUGUAUAUUAUAAGAUGGCGUUGGACUGCAGCAAAAAAAAAACAUUUUACACAACUUUGAUGUUGAGAACUUCAGUGUUGAAAAAGUUAAUCGGCAAACGAUGGGAAUCUCAUACAUAUCGAAUUUGUAAAAUUAAGAAAUUAUACUUUUCCGAUACUUGUUGAUAAGAAUAUAUUCAUUGCGACCCGUACUUGCCUUUGUUAAUGCAAUGCAACCCCAUCUUACAUCAGUGCUAUUUUUUAUUUUAAUAAUAUAAUUGCUAAAUGUAUAUAUACUAUUUGUCGCUGAUUACCAAAACUGAGAAAAUAAAUAAGUGUCAAAAUAAGUUAAA